AUGAUAUUGCUCUGCGCCUUGUUGCAAUUGCCUACUUAUCCUGCUGCAAUGUUUCUUGGUGAUAAUGAUGGAGAGGGGAUGAGUCUUGUAAUGUACUUCAAAGUUUCUGAGAAUUUUGAUAAAGACGUCUCUCCUCAAUUCCAGGACAGCAUCAAGAAAAUGGUUGACGAUGAGACGGAAAAAGUUAAAGGAUUCACAAAGGACUCCACUGUAUCUUUUAGAGAAAGACUAAAGAUCUUGGCUGGGGUAGUAAAUCCUGAGGAUCUCGGUCGGAGUUCUGCUGAGAAGAAGCUUGUACAUGCAUAUGAUGACAAACCAGUUCUUUCACACCCCUAG